AUGGAAGAAACAAGGAAGCUCACUCCAAAGCCAUGUAAAAGCAAGGAACCUGUGAAAACAGAAUGGGGGUCUCAGAGUGUUGUAUUUACCUAUUUCCAAGGGGAUAUUAACAGCGUGGUAGAUGAACAUUUUUCUAGAGCUCUGAGCAAUGCCAAGAACCCACAGAACCUGAGCACAAAGCACAAGGAUGAGGCUGUUGUCCUUAAGAACGUAGACAGCAUGUCUCCCCAGCAGUGGAAUUUCUCUUCACAUUGCUCCAAACUGUAUCCGUCAUCUUCUACAGCAAGCAUGUCACAUUCUGCUCUGAAUUUUUCUGCUGCUGGGGUAGCAGGCCAGUACCAGCCAUCAGCUCUGCGCAGUCAUCCAACCCAACCUCCAGAUUCAUGGCCCUUCCCUUCCAUUGGGACUCCCAGUCUCACGAGUUCAGUGUAUCCUCAUGCCUUGCCUGACCUGCACGUGGCCAAUGAGCCCAUCUCUGACAGGAAAUAUGGUUCCCUGCUUGAUCUUCUGCAACAGGAAAGGUGCCUGACAUCCAUGCAGGAAUGUACCAUGAAGCAACACUCCAGUUCUGCUUGUAUGACUGGACCUGUUAGGUUACAAAAUACAAGUCAAAGUUCACCUCCUGGGGGAGAGAGGAAAGCAAGCUCUUACCAAGGCUCAGAAAACCCCAGUGUAAGCCAUGCCACUGCAGGUAUUCAGAUUCAUGACAGAAGACAAGAUUUGUACUUCUAG